AUUGUAAAUGGCCCGGUCUUUUAUUGGAGUUAAAUAAGCCGAGACUCCCGCUUAACCGAGGGAGUGAGAGUACCUGCUACUUCAGUCGAGCAAAUUCUGGUAGGGUUUACAGAAUUCCAGAUAUCCAAACACAUUUGCAUCAUCGUGUUAACGUGUUAGGGUUCUUCGAAAAAUCACAAUAGAAAAAGCUCAAUAUAGAUCCAGCAACAAUCAGGAUCUUGUUCGAUGUCGCUUGGUUCACAAACGCCUGAUAUUCUCGGGGAUCGUCAAUACGGUCAAGAUGUUCGCACCCAAAACAUUACGGCUUGUCAAUCUGUUUCAAAUAUAGUGAAGACUUCACUAGGCCCCGUUGGACUUGACAAGAUGUUGGUUGAUGAUAUUGGUGAUGUAACCCUCACAAAUGAUGGUGCCACAAUUCUCAAAAUGUUGGAUGUUGAACAUCCAGCUGCCAAGGUACUUGUUGAAUUGGCUGAGCUUCAAGAUAGAGAAGUAGGAGAUGGAACUACUUCUGUUGUCAUCAUAGCAGCUGAGUUACUUAAGAGAGCAAAUGAUCUUGUCAAAAAUAAGAUUCACCCAACAUCUAUAAUUAGUGGAUACCGACUUGCAAUGAAAAAAGCAUGCGAAUAUGUUGAUGAAAAGCUUGCAGUCAAGGUUGAGAAGCUUGGAAAAGAUUCUCUUAUAAACUGUGCAAAAACAAGCAUGUCCUCAAAAUUGUUAUCCAGUGACAGUGACUUCUUUGCCAAUUUGGUUGUUGAAGCUGUGCAAUCCGUUAAAAUGACAAAUUCCUCCGGUAAAAUUCGGUACCCAAUCAAGGGAAUAAACAUCCUUAAAGCACAUGGUAAAAGUGCAAAAGAAAGCUACUUAUUAAAAGGGUAUGCACUUAACACUGGGCGUGCAUCUCAAGGAAUGCCAAUGAAAGUUUGUCAUGCAAAAAUCGCGUGUCUUGAUUUUAAUCUUCAAAAAACAAAAAUGCAAUUAGGAGUUCAAGUUUUAGUCACGGACCCACGUGAGCUGGAGAAGAUUCGUCUCAGAGAAGCUGAUGUGACAAAAGAACGUAUUCAGAAGCUUCUGAAAGCUGGAGCUAAUGUUGUCUUGACAACAAAGGGGAUUGAUGACAUGGCACUCAAGUAUUUUGUGGAGGCUGGUGCAAUUGCUGUUAGACGUGUGAGGAAGGAGGAUUUACGCCACGUGGCAAAGGCAACCGGUGCAACUGUGGUUUCAACAUUUGCUGACAUGGAAGGAGAGGAAACAUAUGACUCAUCGUUUCUUGGACAUGCAGAUGAAGUGGUGGAAGAACACAUUGCAGAUGAUGAUGUCAUCAUGAUAAAAGGAACCAAAACAACAAGUGCAGUUACUUUGAUACUAAGAGGUGCUAAUGACUUCAUGCUUGAUGAAAUGGAUAGAGCUUUACAUGAUGCUUUAUGUAUUGUCAAAAGAACCCUAGAAUCUAACACAGUUGUUGCAGGAGGAGGUGCAGUUGAAGCUGCUUUAUCUGUGUAUUUGGAGUAUUUUGCUACAACUUUAGGAUCUCGAGAACAAUUAGCAAUUGCAGAAUUUGCUGAAGCUUUAUUGAUUAUUCCAAAGAUUCUUGCUGUGAAUGCUGCAAAGGAUGCAACUGAUUUAGUAGCCCAACUGCGUGCGUGUCAUAAUACUGCACAAACUAAUGCAGAUAGGAAGCAUCUAUCAAACAUGGGAUUGGAUCUAGUAAAGGGAACCACUCGUAAUAACAUGGAAGCUGGUGUGAUUGAACCUGCAAUGAGCAAAAUCAAGAUACUUCAGUUUGCAACUGAAGCAGCUAUAACAAUACUUCGAAUUGAUGACAUGAUCAGACUUGCAAAGGACGAGAGUGAAGAUGCUUGGACUUUGGAGGCAGCGGCCAUUGCAACACCAGGAUUGUUAGAAGAUAAGAAGAAUGAAGCUACUACUUCCUGUGUCUUGCCCAAAAAUAACAAACCUGUAAUUGUGAUUGACAAUUAUGACAGCUUCACUUACAAUCUUUGUCAGUACAUUGGAGAACUUGGAUGCAACUUUGAAGUUUACAGAAAUGAUGAACUUACUGUUGAUGAACUCAAAAAGAAAAAUCCUAGAGGAAUUCUCAUAUCUCCUGGACCAGGUGCUCCACAAGAUUCAGGAAUUUCAUUACAAACAGUUCUGGAACUUGGACCUGAUAUACCUUUGUUUGGUGUAUGCAUGGGAUUACAAUGCAUUGGUGAAGCUUUUGGAGGGAAAAUUGUGCGAUCUCCAUACGGUGUAAUGCAUGGAAAAAGCUCACUUGUUUAUCAUAACGAAGGUGGGGAAGAUAGUUUAUUUUCAGGCAUAUCAAACCCAUUUAUUGUUGGGAGAUACCAUAGCCUUGUAAUUGAGAAAGAGAGCUUUCCUAGUGAUGCACUUGAAAUCACUGCAUGGACAGAGGAUGGAUUAGUUAUGGCUGCACGUCACAAAAUAUAUCGCCAUUUACAGGGGGUACAAUUUCAUCCAGAGAGCAUUAUUACAACCGAAGGCAAGACAAUUGUUGGUAACUUUAUUAAACUCAUAGAGACCAAGGAAGAAGAAGAAGCUCAAGCUAUUUCUAGAAAUUAAAUUUGGGAAAAUUUAAUAUCUUUAAGACUUCAGAGCCUUUUUUUUUUUCAAAGUACAUGAUUUUGACAUUUUGGUAUUCAAACUAGGAAGAUUAAGUUUAAGGGAGUUUUUUUUAUACUUUAUUUUGCUUAUGUUAUAGAUUUUAUAACUUGUUGGGAAAACAUAUGUGAAGAGGUGACAUUUGAAAUUGGGAUUUUGGUACUUUUUUUUUUAUUGUUUUGAGUAAUUCACUUUAUGUUGCUAGUUUUGACAAG